ACUUUCGUUUCAUUACCCUCGCGGACUCUCGGCGUGUUGCAUCUUCGGGUCGAAAAUUGCUGUCGAAUAUGAAGAAGGCAAUCCUCUUGGUAAUUGCCCUUUCUGUCGCGACCUGUGCCGAUGGCAGAGUUUAUUACCUGGAGAAUCUAGAUGGUACGCGAGAUAACGACGCGAUUUAUCCGAUGGAACAGCAGGCUUCUCGCGAUCUGGAUCUGGCUUUCUCCGCGGGGGACUCCCUCGAGAACGAGAAUGUCGUACCUACGACUAGAAAGGUAUACACUCUCACACCGGAAAAGCCGUAUGUCGGAUUGAGCAGGGACGUGAAUCGACCAGUCGCGUACUACAGAUUAUCCGGCGAACCGGCUGCCAGAAGAGGCAGCUUCGAUGACGUCAUUCUCAUUCCGCAAGGAGGCCGGAAAUUGAUGAAGCUGAACGGUGACAAUAAGGGCGAAUUGAUCUUGGAACUUCGCGUCAUAGCCAAUCACGAUAGUGCGCAACUCGCGCGUUAAAAUUAAACUUUCAUUCAUCUACAUCCGUAUAAUACGUAUACAUAUACGAGGAAAACGCGCGGCGCGACGCUUGAAUUGAUAAGAAACGAACGUUAUGCAGUUAAAUCGCAUUGUUUUUAUUACGUUCAACUUACAACAACGAGUACUUUCUAUCGAUACAUAUAGAUACAUCGGAAUACUAUUGUAAUAUUUACAGUACAUAUCACAUGUCGAAUUUCA